UGUCCCCCUCUUCUUCUUCUUCUUCUUCUUCUUCUUCUUCUUCAUCAUCAUAAUCAUCAUCAUCAUCAUCUCUCUCGCGGUCUUACCUGUUGCGCUCCAAGUGCACGGGACUAAGGUAGCAAGAGAGGGAUGAGAUAAAUUGCCAUGCAGAUCUUUUACCGUGGGUUUGUUUCGCAGAUCAAGUUAUCACUCAAUUGUAUAUUUUAUCGAAAUUUCACCUAGUUAGUUUCUUGCAAAAGAGUUAUCAGCUUACUGAUAUAGAGGCUGGCGUUGGUUUGUUCAGUUAAGUUGGUACCGUUUUUACAACAUGCCAUAUUAUAUACAGAGACUUUAUAAUACCUGCAAAGCUUCGUUCUCACCCAAUGGCCCUGUGUCAGAGGAAGCACUUGAGAGAGUUCGUACCAUGUUAGAGAAAAUCAAGCCUUCUGAUGUUGGUCUGGAACAGGAAGCUCAAGUAGUGCGAAAUUGGUCUGGUCCUGUGCCUGAGCGGAAUGGCAGCCAUCAGUCACUGCCUGCAAUUAAAUACCUGCAUUUACACGAGUGUGAAAGCUUCUCAAUAGGAAUUUUUUGCAUGCCGCCUUCCUCUAUAAUACCACUUCAUAAUCAUCCAGGAAUGACUGUGCUGAGCAAGCUCAUCUACGGCUCAUUACAUGUGGAAUCAUAUGAUUGGCUUGAUUUUCCUGAGCCUGAGGAUCCACUGCAAGCUAGACCUGCAAAGCUUGUUAGGAAUACCCCGAUGACAGCCCCUUGUGCAUCAACAGUUCUUUUCCCUACGACUGGAGGCAACAUGCAUUGUUUUGCAGCCCGGACCCCCUGUGCUAUUUUUGAUAUCCUGUCUCCACCUUAUGCUGCAGAGCAUGGGCGAGAUUGUACUUAUCUUCGCAGGUCCCCAAGAAAGGAUUUACCUGGUGAACUAGAAGUGAAUGGAGUGGUGACCAAAGUCACUUGGUUAGAAGAGUUUCAACCUCCUGACAACUUUGUGAUACGAAGGGGGCUGUACAAAGGUCCGGUUAUUAGAUCUUGAGAAUUUCUUGUACCAAUUGGAAUUACAGAACAUCGUGAAGAGGAGUGGCAACCAGCGAAUAAUCAAUAUUUGGGCUAUAUAAAUUAGGCAUUUGGCUUGUACAUAGUAAUGGUAGACCUUUGAUUUACUGACCUCACAUCUUAUUAGUGAGAUAGUGACUGAAAGUCGAGAGGAUCUUGGUGCCAAUGACAUUCUGUUUCUUAUUUUGUUUGGUUAAUGAUAAUGAAGAUGAUAUGAUUCCAGCCCUUGUCUUGAUGACUUUGCUCAGAUAUGAAUAGAUUGAAUGCUGCCUUUUGUCAGGAAUCUGGUUUGGGAGCGUGCAGUGUUAGACCACAACUUAAUCGUAUGCGGUUUUUUGGGUUUAUUAGAGGAAGAAUCUGUCUGAUAUCUGUCUGUCUUCUCUUUCUAGCUGAGGAAUUUGAUUUUACAGAAACAAUAUCCUCCAUCACUGGUCUAUCCUGCGGAUUAUUUGCCCUUUCUCUAUCUCUGGAUUCUGGACUUCCAGGGUUCAGGGACCAUUUGAGCAAUUGGAUCUUUGGGUUAUGCCAAAAAUGCUUGGAAUCACUGAUGGUCUUACUGCAGGGUUAUGGGCCAUUAGGGAUGGUAUCUUGACUGCAAGCCGAAGGGUUUCUGUAAACUCCAUAUUGAAUCUAAUUCUUCUACUGCCAUUCAAAUACUUACCAAGGCUAUCAAUCCUACACAUUGUCUUAAUA